AUGGCGGCUUUUGCGCCAGGCAGAAUUCCCCUUCCGCCGGGUUUGGAGGAGGCAUCCGAAGGUGCAGGGAAAGGUGCAGGGAAGCAGUCGCAGGCGAUGCAGCCGGCUAGCAAGUCUGCCGCGCGCAGGACUGUCGCACGUGCGAAGGAUGACUCUUCAGGUCAAGACCCGUGGUCGCAAUACAAGGCCAAUGACGGGGAUCCCUGGGACGCAGGAGGAUCAGGUGACCCAUGGUCCAAGAAGGGCGAGUCAGGUAGCUAUGCCGGCAGCGAUCCAUGGGAUGCAGGUGACCCGUGGAGCAAGUCUGCAGGAGGAGAUGGCUACAUCAAGUCGAACACCAGAAGUUUGAAUGGCUCCAGGAUGCUGAACUCUGCCAUGCAGCAGAUCCGCGAGCAGCCAGCUCCUCCUCCAGCUCCAGGCAAGAGCAAUGGCAGCACCAAACCCGCCGAAGCACAAGAGCCCACUGUGAAAGAGGACAACCGGUUGGAGGGUGAGGCCACUGCAAAGAUCGUCGUCCAGCUAGAGGAUGGUUCUACCGACGCCACCCCGGUGACUUGCUGGGAUGACUUCAAACUGUCCAAGGAGAUCAUGGACGGUAUCUUCGAGAUGGGAUUUACCAAGCCAUCGAAGAUUCAGGGUCUGGCCUUGCCCAUUGCGAUGAAGGGUCGGAACAUCAUUGGGCAGGCCCGCAAUGGCAGUGGAAAAACCGCAGCUUUUGCCUUGGCAAUGCUGGCAAACGUUGACGUCAACAAGAGAGCCCCGCAGGGUCUCUGCGUGUGCCCCACGCGCGAGUUGACAAUGCAGAACCACGCCGUGAUCCAGCGGCUUGGCAAAUUCACAGGUCUGGAGUUCUUCUUGGCUGUGCCACAGGAGCAGCGCGCUCCGCGCAGUGUAUGCACUUUACCGUGGAACGAUAGCUGCGCUUACAAGUUUUUUGUAUGGGCUCUGAGGGGCGCAGAUGCCGGACAGCUACUCAACGGCCGUGGGUUAACAACGCCGGAAAAAUCUCUGAACAACUCGGCGAACAGCCACAUCAGCAGACAGGUGCAAGAACUUCGGGAGAAGCUCUCGGCAAGCCGGCUGUCUUUGCAAGCGCAAGAAGGCCACGCUCAAAUGGCAAGUUCACGGCGCCUUGCACGGUCAAGGAAGGCUGGCGCAACCCUUCGCGACAGCCUUCAAGCGUCUCCUUCCACAAAGGCCACGGCUGCCACUGCGGCGACCUCUCCCUCUGAGACGAAGCGGUCCACAGCUGCCUCGUCUUGCGAGCGGCCCUUGUCGCCACGGUACGAAGGACAGCCAAUGACGGUGGGUAUUGCAGUGUGGCGAGAGACGCAGGCCUUGAACGAAAGUCUCGGGGCUUCGGCUGAAGCCCAUCGGCCUUUGAGGUCGUUUCCUGCCCAUUCGCGCGCUCCUGCCGUGGGGCCCCCCACCAGCCCCACACUGGCGAGUCCCAGAAGGCAGCCCACAUUGGGAGAUGGUCUGGAGCCCGUGACGCAGCCCUCGGCCCAGCAGAUGCCACCAUGGGCAAGUACCUUUGGGGUUUAUCCUGGGCCUCUGCCGACUAGCCCCUCAGCAUCCCAGCCACAGCUGCCUCCCUUCGCAGAAGCUGCCAUGAGUCGUUUGACUUGGUUGCAGGCAGAAAAGGAAGCACUGGAGGGCUGGCUCAGCAACGCCGGUUAUUUGUCAGUGAGCGAUGACAGCCAGGUCGUGAGCUCCCCUAGGCCCCAGGCGGCCCAAGCUGCCCAGGAGCCCCAAGCGGCCCACGCGAGGCAUCUCCUGGAAGGCGUGGGGAGGCAUCGGCCGUCCUCCGAAGAGCGACAGCCGAUACAGCCGGAGCCGGAGCGAUGGGUGCACGGGCCUGGCUUUGCCACGGGACAUGCGACAGGCGCGUCCGCGUCAUCUUUGGAGGAUGGAAGCCCAAGUACUCCAAACAGCGGGAGAAGGAAGUCUUCGAUGCACCAGAGCUACAAUGCUUUGAGUGCGGAGCGAGCAGCCGCCCAAGCAAAGCUCGAAGAUGACAUCAGGGCCCUAGGGCUCGAAAGCUCCGCGCUCCCACAAAGUGAGGGCAAGGUGAAGGACAACCUGGCGAUCGAGCAUCGCGACAACGCUGCAACGGCAUCCUUCGGCGUACCCAGGAAUAGUGCGCCUGCGACUGCAUUGGCUGCACUCCGUGCAGAGGCGCUUGCGCAACCUCAGCAGAUCUCCUCAUGGACUGCUGCGGACACCACUGUGCAGCUACAGGAGCCAAGGGUCACGACCACGUCUGCGAUUCGGCAUCAGGCCUCUUCAGAUACAUCGCCUGAGGUGCUGCCAAGGUCGGGUCGCUCCCACUCGGCUUCGACGAGGGUGGCGACGCAGGGCGAGGCAAGUGCCCCUCUCAGCAGCUUCAGGUCCUCGCUCCCUGCAUCUGGCACUGACAUGCCCAUGCGGUCGGAGGCAUUGAGCUCGCAAGCCUUCAGACGGCGAACCGAGGCAUCGCCGUCGCGCGAAGUGGCCAUCUCCGAUCUGAAGGUCGCGAGGUCAGAUCGCUCCCACUCGGCUUCGACGAGGGUGGCCGCGCAGCAGCUGGGUGAGGCAAGUGCCCCUCUCAGCAGCUUCAGGUCCUCGCUCCCCGCAUCUGGCACUGACAUGCCCAUGCGGUCGGAGGCAUUGAGCUCGCAAGCCUUCAGAAGGCGAACCGAGGCAAGUGGAGCUUUGAGGAACAACGAGGCCUUGUCACCGCCGACGGUCCUUACAAACGUGCUCCACUUGCCUGAUGGGGAUUUGCUCACGCGGUCAAGGACUCACAGCAGCUCGCCGUCCUGGGCACAGGAACCUCGGAGUGCAGCGCACUCCAGCAGUCCAAGCAGGAUGGCAAGAGCAGCCACUUCGGCGAGCCUGACACCCGCAGUGUCUCAGGAGGGCAGCCUGCGAAGCGGUCCAAGGCACAGCAGCCCAUCGCAGCUGGGAUCGCGACCCCUCUACGAGGAGGUGGCCUCGCAGAGUGCCAGCACCGGAAGUGCUGGUUUCAGGGCAAAGGCCCCCAGCUUCUCUUGGCCCGGAACGGACGCCGCUGCGUUUCUGACCGAGGAGCUUCCUGCCGUGACACAGAGGAGCUCGAGCCCGCCGGCGGCCCGUGCGCGAGCAGGCACCGAAGCCGCCUGGGCCGUUUCUUCGCCCUCCAGGCGGAGGAGUCCGGGCAUGCGCACAGCCGGGGAUUCUGCAGAAGCCCUGGAAAGCAGUCUGCAUGCCAGAGCACGGGCCGCCACAGAAGCGGCCACGGCCUUCUUGGAUGGGAGGAUCGGCUUGCAGGGUGCGGUCUCCUCUAGCUCAAGGCAGAGCAGCCCUUCCUGGGCAAAGGAUGCCGCCCACGUUGCAUUCGGUGAGAAGGCAGCGACGGUGAUGGCAGCUGCCGUGGAAAGCGAACAGGACGAGGAGGAGCAGGAGGAUGAUGAGGAGUACGACAGCCAAGGCAGCGAGAGCAGCGCCAGCUUGUCACCAGAGGAGGAAGAAGCCCAGCGGCAGCAGCUUGAGCUGGAUCUCCAGGAUUGCGCUGAGUUGAAGAGAGCUGAAUCUUGCCUGCCCAUGAACUUCCCAAAGGUCAGCUCUGACUGGAGCUCCAAGCGCGGCUCCCCUCGCAACAGCGAGCUGCGAGUGGGAAGGUGCGACCCAUUCGAGUGUCCGAGCCUGUGGACCUCCUGGCGCUUGCUGACCAGGCUGUACUCGUCCCGUGAGAAAAGCUUUGCUCUUUUCUGCUGCUCCUUCGCCUUCCGUACUGUGCAGGCCAAUGUGGCGCAGGUCAGCGCGCAAGUCGUGGUGGGCACACCAGGGAAACUCCAGGACUGGAUGAAGAAGCGCAUCAUCGAUCCCAACGGCUUUCGCAUCUUCGUCGUCGACGAGGCUGACCAGAUGAUCGACGAGGAGCAAAGCAUGGGUGGACAGGUGCUGGACAUCCACCGGAUGUUGUGCAAGGAUCAGCGGAAGGAGCUUCAGAUCCUCUUCUUCUCGGCGACAUGGCCCGACUACGUCGCAAAGCUGGCCAAGUCCAUGGUGCCCAGGCCGAACCUCAUCCACGUCAAAAAGGAAGAUCUGACUUUGACCACCAUCACACAGACGUUCAUGAACGUCGGAACAGACGACAACAAGAGAAACAAGCUUUCAGAGCUCUACAGUGUGAUGAACGUGGGCCAGUCCAUCAUCUUCGUGAACACCAGGCAGACAGCCUUCGAUCUUGCCACCUUCAUGAAAUCUAGUGGCCACACUGUAUCUUUGAUCACUGGGACCCAGAAAGGCUACAUUGAAGUGGCCGAGCGAGACAAGGUCAUGCAGGAGUUUCGCGACCUAGUCACACGGGUCCUUAUUUCCACGGACGUGCUGUCUCGUGGCAUCGACGUUCCAUCCGUGACGGUGGUCGUGAACUACGACCUGCCGAAUGGAAGCGAGAAGAUGGAGACAUACCUGCACCGGAUCGGCCGGACCGGGAGAUUUGGGAAGAAGGGCUUGGCUGUCAACCUGGCUUCGGAUCGCGACCGCCAUCGCAUCGAUGAGAUAAAGCGGUUCUACAACUGCGAGAUGGUGGAGCUCAGCGGCGAUGUGGAGGUUUUGGGGGGAGAGGGUGUGCGUACAUGUUAG